AUGGUAAUCAAUCGUCCGUUUGAUCAAAGUAUACUUGUGAGUACCGAUGCAUUAAAUGAAUAUGGAAAUGAUGGUUGGGAAUUAUGUGUCACCAUAUUGAGAAAUACAAUGGGCGAUUAUCAUAAUAGAAAAUUUGAAGACGGAAUGAUGAAAGCCUUAGUAACAGAUGAUAAAAGUAGAGAUGUAUCAGAUUUUUCACUUUGUAAUGAUGAUGAAAUGAAAUCACCCGAAGGAUAUGAUAAUGUACGUAAAGCUUGCUAA